AUGGCCAACCUCACUUCCUGGAGCUUGGGCUCGGGAGUGCUGGGCGCGGGCUCGGCACCAACCUUCGGACAAGACCGUGGUGGCUUCUCACCCUCCGCCUUCUCCGCGCCGGCCUCCGGUGGGCCAAGCCACCUCGAGUCCAUCGGUCGUCGCUGGGAGCUUCAUCCGGAGGAGCAUCGCAGCCUUCCUCCGGUAGGCGCCUCCGCGCCCCCAGCGACCCCGGCCUCGGCGCCGGCGCUGGCUUCGGUGAUGGCGCCACCAAGUAGCGCGGGAUUGCAAAGCUCGCCGCCCAACUCCUUCUCUUCACAAGCUUCGGCGGCGCCCCUUUUGCCCUCACAGGGACCGGGAAGCCACGCCCGCAUCUCCGUCCCCAAGCUCAUGGACGAUGGCAGGUUGGGCCUGAUCAUACAGAACUGCUGGGUGUCGAGCAUCAGCAACCCUGUCGCGGCGCAGUGGGGCUGGCAGGUGGGCGACCACAUCCUGCAAGUGAACGGCCAUCCGGUGUCAAACAUGCAGCAACUCUCGGAGGAAAUCAGGCGGGCGGUGAACUCGCACCAGGCGGUGUCCCACCCGCUCAUCUUCGACGUCUGGCGCCCGAUGAGCGGAAGCGCCGCAGCCCACUCAGCGGCAGGCGGAGCGGCGCGGCGCCGGCAUUGGGAAUGCUGCUCCGCGCUCGACUGUGGUGCCGAGCCAGAUAUGCCUCCGCCUCCUUCAGCGGUUACUGGCUACGGCCAAAGCAUCAGCCAGACGCAGAUUGCUCCGGCCUCGGCUACUAGCGCGCAGGCCGUGCCCCUGGCGCCUGCUGGAGGGGGUCGUGCCCAGCGCCGGCGGGCGCUUUGCUGA